AUGGAGAAUGACGUGGACUCGGUGCUGCAGGAGUUCGAGGGAGGCAAGGCCAGUCCUUCCUGCAGACCGUCUGCUUCUGCUGAAGGUCUGGCCUGCCUGGCAGCCCACAGCCCUGCCGGCUACCCUUCCGAAGUCAGCGUCUUGAGUUUCCUCCUGUAUUAUUUCUCUGCUCCUCUUCGGUUUUACUUUCAGGUGUUCUGCCGGUGGAUGAAAGCAGUAACCAAUCAAUUUCAUCUCCAGGGGAAACAGAGGAGGUCUCGCAUCGUGAGACUACCACUCGCGAGACCACCGCUCGCCUGCCCAACAUUCGCUCGUGAGAACACCGUGAGCGAGACCAACAAUCGCGAGACCAACUUCGCGAGACUACCGAUCACAAUCCUGAGGUGUAGUCAACGUGGUCUUCGAGGGUGCGGAGACCCCCACAAAGAUGCCUUGACUGAAACCCCCAAGACUCUGUCCACUUUUUCCAGGACCAAGUCUGGCACUGGCUCUGUCAAGAAGUUGGUAAUCAAAAACUGUAAAGAUAAACUUCUGGUGCUGGAAGAGUACACUGAAGAAACAUGGCAAAAAUUAAAGGAGGCUAUACAGGCUAUCCAGAACAACGUCUCCAUUAAAUACCACCUGGAAGAACUCUACCAGAUUGUUGAAAAUAUUUGCUCCUUCAAUUUAUCUGCAAACUUGUAUAAACAACUGACGUGGCUUUGUGAACUCCAUAUGAAGGCACAAGUUCAUCAGUUCAGGGAGAAUUCUUUGGAUAGUGACUCUUUCAUAAAGAACAUUGAUCAAUGCUGGCAAAAUCAUUGCAGGCAAAUGAUCAUGAUCAGGAACAUUUUUCUGUUCCUAGAUAGAACUUAUGUUUUUCGGAAUCCAGAGUUACAUUCUAUUUGGGACAUGGGGAUCCAAUUAUUUAAAUCACACAUAAUGUGUGAUCAGAACAUUCAGAGCAAGACUAUACACGGGACUCUUCUGUUGAUUGAAAAAGAAAGAAAUGGCGAGGCGGUUGAUCGAUGUUUGAUUCAAAGACUUUUAAAUAUGCUUUCUGAUUUGGAACGACCUGAUCUGAAGAAGCAAAAACAUCCUUAACUGACAGAGACUACAUUGAAAAAUACAAGGAGAACCCAAACCAGCUGAAGUAUAUUGCAUAAAAUACUGGCCUUAACCUGAACAGAAGGUCCUCAUGGUUCUGUCCUUGGAAUAAGCAUUGGUGUCUGAAUAAAUGCAAUAUAUUAAAAAUAUAAAUGCAGAAUUAAAAUUUGCAUCAACAUUAUCAGUUAAA